AUGGCUCCUCGACGUCGUACAGCGCGUAAAGAACUAGACCCUUGUAUGAGAGCUCGGAUAUGUGAGCUUCAUACAAGCGCGCGCUGGGCCUAUAAACGAAUUCAUAAAGCGCACCCAGAGAUCCCUAUAUCAACUAUUCGCAAUACAAUCAAAAAAGAGCAUCAACGGGUUAAUCAACGCUCAUUACCUCGCUCUGGGCAGCCUAGCAAACUAUCAUCUGAGCAAAAAGAGAACCACGUUCAGCUUACAAAAGAGAAUCCUCAUAUUAAAUUUUAUGAGCUUCAAGAGAAUCGGUGGAUAUGCGAUAAAAAAGGCUUCAAUGGGCACAGAGAUUGGCAACGUGUAAUAUGGAGUGACGAAUCUACAGUUGAACGAGGCAAAGGAGGUCAAUUGAUUUGGACUUGGAAUGAUCCUAGUGAGCAACUAGUUGAGCAUGACGUACGUGAGAUUCGUACUGGGAAAAGCAUCAAAAAGAUGUUUUGGGCUGCAUUUCAAUAUAAUAUCCGUACGAGCUUAGUUCCAUUAACCUCGGAUGGAUCAUCUCGUGGAGGAGGUAUCACUGCGACAGUUAUACGCCAAACUUAUAUGGACCAGCUUCCAGAGUUACUUGAGAAUGGAGAUAUCUUUAUGCAAGAUAAUGCGCCUGUUCAUACAGCUCAUAUUAUUCGUGACUUACUUCAAGAAAUGCAAGUUGAAGUAAUGAUUUGGCCGCCAUAUUCACCGGAUUUGAAUCCUAUCGAGAAUCUAUGGGCAAUUAUGAAAACAAUCAUCCGCCAGGAUCAUCCUGAGCUAGAAAAUGCACCGGAUAAUGAUACUACGUUAUGCGCAUUAAUACAAGCAGGCAUAGAGGCAUGGGAAUCAAUCGGGGAGCGCGUGCUUCAAAAUUUAAGCGACUCUAUGCCUCAUAGAGUGCAGGCAGUACUAAACGCAGAUGGCUGGUAUACAAAAUAUUAG